AUGGCAACACAACGCGAGUUUAGCUCGCCGUGGUUUCUAGAAAGUAUUGGCUUUAUCGGUGAAAAACCUCGUAAUCACCGCAAACAGUGGGAGCUCGCCUACGUGGUGCAUGUCAUCAAGACUCUCAAUCUAUGCGCGCCCGGAAAGAGAGGUUUGGUACUUGCCGUUGGAGCUGAAAAACUCCCACAGGUCUUUGCUUCAAUGGGUUGCUCCAUUCUUGCAACAGACCUACCAGUCAACGAUGAUCCAGAAUUUGUGAAAAUGUGGGCGAACACAAAUCAACAUGUGGGAGCAAUCGAUAGUUUGUAUACGAAAAACUACAAGGGAGUCAGCGAAAAGACCUUCAAGGAACUCGUAACAUACCACCCUGAGAAUAUGAAUUCAUUCUCGGACUGGCUUCUCCAACAAGAGAAAUUCGAUUUCAUUUGGAGUCUAUGUUCGAUUGAGCACGUGGGAUCCAUCGAGCUAGGGCAGAAUGUUGUUCUUCACACUCUAGAUCUGUUGAAGCCUGGCGGAGUGGCUUUUCAUUCGGUUGAAAUGAAUCUAUCGUCUAACGAUGCAACCAAACAAACAAAAAUAGAAUCGGUUUGGAGAAAGCGAGAUUUUGAAGAGCUAAGGGAAAAAGCAACCGCAAAAGGAUUCAGUCCCUUCCCCGCUCAGUUUGGAGCUGGUCAUGGCAACUUGGAUCGCAAUCCAGACGGAGUGCUGGGCCCAUACAAUGAUUCUGACCACAUCAAACUGUAUGACCCUCAGACUGAGAAGCUGAUCAAGACUUCGUAUGCGAUGAUUAUACGCAAACCCUAA